GGAGGACAAAAAUGACACGCCAGAAGCUCCUGCUGCUCCUGUCGAUCCUGCCUUGUACACUACACAAUAUGUACAUUCUAGUAGUCAAAGAGAGGUACGAUGUUGAGCACGAAAGAUAUGAGGAGAGAGACGCCUAGUUUCUUUCGAGUGCGUGACGUGACGGGUGGAAAAAGAAGAAGAGAAAAAACGGGACAGCAGCAGACGAUCCAUCAUUCCGACGGCGGCCAGUCGAUUCAUCAUUCCGGCGGACUUGUUGCCCCCGUCGCCUCAAGGUGCCGUGCCCGUCUCGUCCUACGUUACAAUUUGGCGAUAUGGCUCUCUCUCCUUCCUUCUCUCUUUUAUUCUAACCACCCAACAACAACAGCAACAACAACAACAACAACAACCCGAAACAUGUUAUCAAGGAAAGUAUAGCGGCGGCAGCACCAGAGAGAAGAAGAAAACCAUCAGUCAUGGCCGGCUUGACAUUCGGUCGUGUCUUUCUCUACUUCUCUGCCAGUCUGGCAGCAGCUCCUUUUGAUGAUCCCCCUCCUCUUACUAGCUGGAACUGGAUGGCUGGGGCUGACGAUCCAGGCGGAAGGAUCGGCCGGACAUGAUGAAUGAUGAAGGGGUCGGGAGCCCCAGCAGCUCAUUCUUCUUCUUGACUCGUUCGCUCAUUUUUCUUGACUGCCGCCCUCCCAUUCUCUUUUUUAUUUUAUUUUUUGAUUAUUUUUUCGCCCACAGUUUCUUCUUCUUUGCUGGCCAACAACUUUUUCCUUCUUUUUUAUUUGGUGGGUGGGUGGAAGGGAUUGCGGUGAUGGAUGGACACACUGUGUUGUGUUUGAUCCAACAGAGUGUUAAUGAUGGCCGUCCUGGUAGAGCCAAACUAAAAACGGCUGCCGGCUGUAUAGCCUACAGUCCUACAGUCGAGCGGAUGUGUAUCAGCUGAUGCGGCCCAUUAGCUCAUCCAUCUCGGGUGUAAUGAGCAGCUGACACACACACACGGCCAGCCAGCCAUUUCCCCCCUCUCUACACUACUCCGCUUCCACACCCAGACAUGGAAGGUAAAGGCAAUCACGGCGAUGGCGGCGGCAGCGGCUUGUCAUCAAUCGAAUGGUUGGGAAAAGAGAAGUGCAUUGGGGACCUCCCUCCUCAAUAAUAACCAUAAAAAUCAUCAAAAUCAGAAGAAAAAGAGAAAAGAAAGAAAAGUAGGAGGAAGACUAAACAGUAGCCGCCGCCGCCAAUGCGCCACGACUGGCAGUCUCAGCAACUUGUGACGAGGGCAGACAACAGACAAACUCAGUCGGCUCCUGAGCUUCGUCCCUGCUGGACGUGUACGUGUUCUCCUUACCACCAACCCCUUUGACUCUCCCAAUAAAAGUGUCAAUUGAUAUUUUUAAAAAAAUUACAAUUUGGAAAGAAAUAAGAAAUAAGAAAAGUGUGCGAUUUCUUCCCAGCAGCAGAUAAUGCUUUCAUCCAACGGCAAUCCGUAUUUGCGACCGGAAUAUCUCAACCCGCCACCACCCACCACGAUGGAUUCGAAGAAAAGUCCGUUGGCUCUGCUGGCCCAGACUUGCAGUCAAAUCGGAGCAGAUCCUCCGGCCGUCAAGACGUCGUCGUCGUCCACUUUAUCGUCCAGCGGAACAACAACAACAACACAACCAACAACAACGGAACGCAAGAAAAGUGAAAGCAAAAGCAGUCCAGUCUUGUCCGUCGACAAUAACAACCGAUCCAGCGAUCCGGCAGUCAUCACUCCAACGACAACAACGACUAAAAACAAAAAGAACAACAACAACGAAAACAACAACCGACUGACGCCAACGGAUCGCCGAUCGAAAAGCACUUCACCUAAAAACCCCAAUCGAUCCAGCGGUGGUGGGCCAGCAGCAGCAGCGGGCCAGAAUUUAUCGUCUGCUGGUCCCCCGAUGGAUCACCAAUCACCGACGACAACGACGGCGGCCAGUGUGUCAACAGGAUUGAUGAGUCACCUCCUCCUACACCCGUCACAGCAACAACAACAACAGCAUCCUUCCAUCCAUCCAUCGUCUCACCACCACCACCUAAUGAUGGCGGCAGCACUAGCCGGAUCACCCGAUUCAUCUUCUUCUUCUUCCGUCGCUGCCUUGUCCCUUGCCAACAGUUACAAAUCCCUGAUGGCCGCCGCCGCCGGAAUGGGCGGUGGACCCUACGGCUCCCCUUAUCCGCCUCCUCCGCAUUCAUCUCCUUACGCAGGAGGAGGAGGAGGUGGGGGUUACGGUCCGCCUCAUCAUCCGUCAGCCAUGGAUUUCGGCGCCUACGCCAGUGCCUUGAAUGCCGCCAAAUCUUCCUCUUCCGUCGCCGCCGGACACAAUCCUUUUAUCCCCACAUCCACCGCCGCUGCUAUGAUGAGCGGCUACUUGGCCGGCCAUCCGGCCGCCGCUUAUUCCGCCGCUCUCCAGCAAGCCAUGCAACAGCAACAGCAACAACAAUAUGGCAACGCUGCAGUCAAUCGAGCCGGAUCCAAAUCUGAUCCAAAUCCUCCGUGUCGUGAUCCUUACUGCACCGGAUGCCCAGCCAACAACAACAACAACGGACCACCUUCGUCGUCAGGAGUUCACAUGGUGUGCACGGCCGGAUGCGGUUUGGGCGUCCAAUGCGACCACCUCAAAGUCCCGAUUUCUGCCCAGCACUUGAUGAUGUCGUCGUCCAGCCCCGGCCCGUCUUCGCCGCACAACAACCGGCCGUACGUUUGCAAUUGGAUCGUGGGCGACAAUUAUUGCGGCAAAAGAUUCGGCUCAUCCGACGAUCUCCUCCAGCACCUCCGCACGCACACGAAUCUCUCGGCAGCCGCGGUGGCGGCGGCCAAUUCAUCGGACGGCCCAGUGAGCGCGGCAGCUUUCGCUCAUCCAUCGGCCCAUCCAUCAUCGAUGAUGCGGGCAGCCUAUCCGACUCCGCCCCUCAGUCCAUUGUCAGCCGCACGUUAUCAUCCGUACGGCAAAAGUAAUCCGGCAACCACACAACAACAGCAGCAGCAACAACAACAACAACCGAGUAGUCCUUUCCCGUUCCAUCCGCACCAUCAUCCGGGAAUGGCGGCUGCCAUGGCGCAGGCUAUGGCCGCCGCUGCCGGACCUUACGGCCCAGCACCACCUCCGUCGACGGCAUCACUUUUCCAGCAUUUGAAUCCGGCCCUUGCCCCUUACUACUCUCACCUGUCACUUUUCGCCCAUCAGCAGCAGCAGCAGGCGGCCAAUCAGCCGUCAGGUUCUAGACAGCAGCAGCAGCAGCAGGGUGUAGUCCUUCCGUCUGCGGGUCCCGCACCUCCAGGAGGAGCAGCACCGCCUUAAUACAAAACUGGAACUAUUUUGGUUCCUCCAAGUGUACAGCCCAUCCACCCCAAUUUGAGUGCGUGUCGAGUGAUUCGGCCAUUGUAAUUUCGUUUUUCUUGUUUUGUUUUGUAAAAAUAGUUUCGACUUUCUCUCCCGUUUGACAUCCGUACCAAUAAAAUAAUCAGGAAAAUUCAAAA